UCGAAAUGCGAGCGGUAAUUGUAAUAAAAUGUUUAACGAUCUUCUUAAUAUCAAAUCAUGUUCAAGGUGCGCGUAUUCUUGGACUUUUCCCUUACACCGGUAAAAGCCAUCACAUGGUCUUCGAACCGUUGCUGCGAAAACUAGCAGAAAAAGGUCAUCAGGUUACAGUGGCUUCGUUUUUCCCGCUAAAAAAUCCACCGGCUAACUACGUCGAUAUUAGCUUCGAGGGUGUUGCUGAUGUCCGCUUAGACAACUUCGAUUUAGACUUAUACGAGAACUUGGGUGUGAUCAACUAUGUACCAAAAAUAAGAAACAUUCUCAUGAUGCUUGGUGAAUUUAAAGAUUUAUCCGCAAUAGGUGUCAACUUAUGCAGCAAACUGAUCAACUUGCCAUCUUUAAAUGAAGCUCUCAAAAAAGAAUAUGAUGUGGUUUUGAUGGAAAAUUUCAACAGUGACUGUAUGUUUGGUUUGUUACAUGUGUACAGAAAUAAGGCACCUAUAAUUGGAUUGUCAUCGUGUAAUUUAAUGCCAUGGUCUGCUGAGCGACUUGGAGCCAGUGAUAACCCAUCAUACGUGCCUGUAGCGGGGACACGCUUUACUACAACCAUGACAUUCUUGCAGAGAAUGGAGAACACUUUUUGGAGAAUAUUUACUAAAUUGGCGUUCCGUUAUAGUGUACAGAAUGAGGAACAGGCUCUGAUAGAGAAGAAGUUUGGAAGACAGAUUCCUGAUUUCGCAAAUAUGGGACGGAACAUAUCGAUGAUGUUUGUGAACACAUACCACGCGUUACAUGGAGUCACUCCUCUUGUGCCCGGACUGGUGGAAGUGGGAGGGAUGCAUUUGAACGAGACGAAACAAGAUAUUCCACCGGUAAGUUUUAUCAAAAAAUCCCACUCCAUCAAUAAACUUUCGACUUUAGCUUCGAUUAUUGCUUUAUUUAAUUUUGGAUUAGCUGAUUAGGUCUUCUACUGAACAAAU